AUGGCUCUGGUAUGCAUCGGUAAGCGUCUGCUGCAACUAUGGCAACGAAGUUUGAAACGUGGGUGGAGUGACUCCACCUAAAGUAGCCAAAUAAACAGUCGGCAUUCGGGAUGCCUCAAAAAAGAUUGAAAUGCACAGUAGAACUCGAGAUUCAGGCUAUCACGUGCCCUGGGGUAAUGUUGCCCUCUCAGGAAGACAUAUACCUCAGUGUGCGCAUCAUGGACCAGUUUCAGAAGACCCAUUGCGUUCCUGCUGUCUUUCCUCUUUUGUUCCACAAAAAAAUGGUAUUUACCAAGUCUUUCUCCCAUGUAGUUGACCUGAGUGGCAUUGCUGACCUCCUAGAAUGUGAUACAACAUUCUUUGAGCUAAUUCAGCUGGUACCACCAGAGGGGGAAAUCUGGGCUACUCUUGAGGAGAACACCCGUGACUUCCUCUACCCUGGACCGUGCGUCCUGUCCAAAUCCCCUUGUCCACAGAGAGAGCUCCUGAUGAAGAAAUCCAUCACCUUCCCCGGAAUCUCACCCAAAGUGGAAUUCUCCACCACCACCACCAUAGAGGAAUGUGAGGCGAGAGAUCGGCGGCCUGCUGCAUCCUCGAAUUCCAGCAAAUCCCCUGCUAAACCUGCCCUGCUAAACCUGACAGGGCCGGGCAGCGCAGGCGCGCCGGCAUCCAGCGGCUAUGACAGACCCACCGUCGCCUCGAUGACCCGUGCGCUCUCGCCCUACACCCACCGAAGGAUGUGCCAGCUGUCGGAGGAUGCCAGGCAGCGCCUUGGCCACCUCCAGCUGGGGCCGCACGCCUUCAGGAAGGAGACGUGUCGACAGCCCCCCUUCGUGGUUCCCCGCAGUCUGAGUACUUCAGUGCUUGAGACCUCGUCGUGUUCACCGUCCCUCUCCUUGUCCACCUGGAGGUCCAUCCUCGAUAGGUCUACUCACUCCGCUGCAGAUGCCUCACACCUCUCCAGUAGAAGGUCAAGUCCAGCUAAAGUAUCGGCAAGCUCUCUCAAAUCCGCCCCUUCCCCAGUCGGGCCUCCCAGGCAGAGACCCAGCUGCAGCCCCGUCCACCGGAGACCUCCGGCUGCCCACUCCACCCCACUACUGACCAGCAGCCACAGGGCAGCACAGAGCCCAGGGCUCAGCCACUCCUCGCUGAAAGAGAGGUUUAAGCAGGACCCCUCAAGUCCCUGUCGCUGGGAAGAGAUUCACAGACGGGUGGAGAGGGUCCUCAGGAGCCGAAACACAAGCUGCAGGCUCACCUUUGAUGGGGAUGAAGAUGAAGACGAGGAUGUUGACAGCGGCGGCCGCGCUCCCUGCCGUGGGCCAGCGCUCUCCCGUGACAGACAGCGUCUCCAGGACAGCACUGUAUCGGCAGCGGAAACAUCUGUUCACUUAGACAACGGACAUUACUGGAGCUCCAGAGCGGCUGCCUACACGGGGAGACCCCACAGAGCCGUGUUCGAGGAGAGCUUGGGCCGAAUCUACAAGAACCUCUACAGAAACCUCUCCGACACUAGCUGAGGACACGGCCUGGCACCAUAAAUCAACGUAUUAAGAUCACUGUUGAAGGACGCACUGACACAGAUGGGUAUGCAGUUGCUACCCAUUUUCAAAAGUGCAUUAUGUUAUUAUAUUAUCAUUCCUACCAGGUAGCUUUUACACUUGAAAUUAGAGAAAGAUACAGAUACAAUCCAGAUACAAGCCGUCAUGAAGGGGAUUAUGAUAUGGAAAUGACAUAUUUUGUAUAUGUCAUAUAUUGAGGUGCUGGAUUCACCCCUUCAAGGCCCCUUUAUGGUUUUAUAAAAACAAUGAAAACAACUCAUGGAUCUUAUAAUACUGCAUUUAUUGUGACUGAAAAAGGAAUAUUAAGUUAAUUGUAUAACAAGUGUUGUUUUUCCACUUGAUCAUGUGUGGUUGUGGCACAGCCUGAUAGAACAGUAUUGACAAAAAUAAAUGCAUCGCUGCAAUUCUUGUGAUGCUUGAAAACUAAAAUAUUUACAAAUUCAUGUUGUGUAUACAUACAAAUCUACUUUAAAAAUGUAUGUGGUCUCCAUGCAUUUACAUCUGGAUCCCUGAUGAUUGAAAACAAAAGAAAGGAAUCUCUUUACGAAACGACAUUCUGAAAUGACCACAGAUGUUUAUUUAACUUUGCUCUGUUUUUAUUCCCUAUUUUGACUUGAACUUCUUUUUCCUGUGUUUCUUGCCAGCCAGUAGAGCAGCCUUGUCAGACAUGAUCUCCUGGAAUUUCUUCUUGUUGUAGCUUUGAAAACAAAACAAUUCAAAAGAGUAUUAGCAUGCACAAUAAGGAUAAAGUGAAUCAUAUUUAUUUUACUUCUCAGUUUGUGGCUAGUCUUCAGGCUUGUGUGAGUGCUUCAUUUACAGCACUGAGUGGACUAAAAGGGCUCUAAAGAUGUUAUAGGCAGUAUGUGUUUUUUUAUUCUAUUCCAAUAUAGAAUAGAAUAGCUUUAUCAGUGUACAACAUGUGCUGUCAGUACUAUAUAGACUGUAUAUUUAGAGCAGUCUAUGGUCAGUACCGUACCUUCUGAACUCAGCAUCUGCCAGUAGCUCUUCAACAAUGGUCCUCUUCCUCUCUUUCUUGGGAAUGCGGGAAUGGUAGAAGUCCAGGGGACUGUCCACCACGGUGCCAACCUGUGAGAGAAACAUGAGUAUUUGCAUGAGCCCCUGAAAAUGGCAGACAAUAGUAAUCAUACACCGAACCCGAAACUGCUCCCAAUGUGCAGGUUGGUGCCUUGCAUGGUGGCCUCUGCUGUGUGUGUGUGAGAGAGAAUGGGUGAAUGUGAGGCAUUCCUCUGUAAAGCACUUUGAGUGCUUGGAGGAGUAAAACACGAGAAAUGCAGUCCAUUUUGCCAAAUUAGAUAGACUUUACACAAAACACAAUAUCGUCCCAUUGGAAUUGAAAGGUUCUAUCUGAGUAGUUCUGAGAUAUUGAGCAUCACAGUUUUAGAAUUCCAUAGAGUUAUACUGAUAAGCAGAACAAACCUCUUAAGAUAUUAUGUCUAAAAAUGCCUACAACUACAAGAUACACUGUACCACACCUUUCUAAGUUGUCAGUUGUUAAAAUGUCAGAUAAAAGAACCUUAUAAUUCUAAGGGGACGAUAUAACUAUUUAAGUCACGCCUGUUUUGCCAUACCAAUAAUCACAAAGAUACUUGAAUACAUACAUGAUUAAGUAUUGCUUGUGAUGAAUGACUACAAACUGCAUUUUAAUUAACAAUAAAUUUACAGCAUUUAAAAAAUGUUACAUUUUUGUUUUGAUACUUGAUGUUUUGCUAGUAUUUAUGUACACAAAACCUGUUUCAGUAACCAUAUUAAAAUGGUGUGGCUGGAAAGCCAUCCUACCUGCACGUA